GAAGCAAAAUAUUUUACCAUCACCAUAUAAACCUGAGAGGUUCGACCAGCCUGACGAAGCAUUGUCGUGGUUAAAGACAUUUCAAAUCUUAAACGACAAACGUCUGCCUCAGGUAGUCACAGAAAUUGACCUAUUUGGUAGUUAAAUACUAUCUUGUAGUUAAUUACUAAUUAAUAGUUAACUAUUUUAAAUGCAUGUUCUUUGUAGUAGAUUCUCACCAGCCAUUGGUUGUCAGUGUACUAUAGCGGUCUUGAAAUGCACGUCCUUUGUAGUCUAGUGUAGUGGUCUUAAAAUACACGUCCUUUAUGGGUAGAUUUUCGCUUGUCUAAAUUUUAAACUGUUGGUUUUCAGUGUACAGUAGGUGUGGUCUUGAAAUACGCGUCUUUUGUGGUAGAUUCCCACCAGUCUAGACUUCAAACUGUUGGUUCUCAGUGUAGGUAGUGGUCUUAAAAUACACGUCCUCUGUGGUAGAAUAAUAGAUUGUCGCUUGUCUAAACUAUCUUCAAACUGUUGGUUCUCAGUGUGCAGUAGGUAGUGGUCUUGAAGUACACGUCCUUUGUGGUAGAUUCUCGCUUGCGUAGACAUCAAACUGUUGGUUCUCAGUGUACAUAGUAGGUAGCAGUCUUGAAAUACAUGCACGUCCUCUGUGGUAGAUUCUUGCUAACCCAUUCCAAACUUUAAUAUACCAAAGUUCGUAUUUGACAUUUGUUUCCCAUUGUAACCAACAGGUUAAGACGACAAAAGAUUACAAAGUUGGCCAGAAAAUAUCUAUUGAUGCCGGAAGCUCUAUUUCUGCUGUAAUUAACCAGGUAUAUGCACUCAUUCUUUCAUAUCCAGUUUUAAAAGGCAAAAGUAGACUCGUACACUGAUGGUAUAUACUUGAUUAACAGGCGUUUCAUCGACCUAAUUUUGCCACCGAUGCUGUCGGAAUCACAGUUAGAGAAGUACAACGCCUAAGUAGUCAGUAAGUUUUGCUAUAGUAAUAAUUCAGAACGGCAAAUGUUGUGAAGAUAUGAAAUAAUUUGUGUCAUUCAUACCAGGCGAUAUGAAAACACGGAAAAGGACUGGCACUAGUUGCCAAAUAGAAAUCCAUUUUUCGAUUACAGUCAAUUUCAGCUGACUUUUCAUCGUAAGAUUCCGAACUUCGUUCCGAACUUCACAAAUUCGUUGCCAAGUUCAAAAGUUCAUAAUGAAAUUCACAAACAGGUUUGUAAACGGGGCAUUUCAUUGGCUGGUUUGAUUUAAUAGCCAAUCAGAGGCUUUGUUUACAAACCUGUUUGUGAAUUUCAUUAUGAAUUUUUGAACUUCGCAACGAAUUUGCGAAGUUCGGAACGAAGUUCGGAAUCUUACGAUGAAAAGUCAGCUGAAAUUGACUGUAAAACUACCAAAUUUCUCCUUAAAUAUACUUUACUUUAUUCCCAAAUUUACGGUGUAGAUUUAUAACCCUCGUUAAUAAACAUAAUUACAAAGUUUCAGCGAGUUUCAUAAAGAAAAGGCAAAGAUCUAAGCGAUUAAAAACAGCAAAAUGGAUUUCUAUUCUGUUGCUAGUUCCAGACUUUUUGCUCAUGGCCAGAUCAGCUAGUACUUAUUUUCAAGCCAAAAUUAACUUGCUUGCCAAGAACAACAGUAAGAGUUCGACAAGUUAAGCACGUUUUCCACGUCACCAUUUCCAUUUUGCUCGCCGCCCCGCGCUCGAUUACAUUAAAACAACAUUUCCAGUUCACUUUUUAUGCAUUACUCUGAUUCUCCAUCUAACCUACGAGUCCUGGACUAGGGUACAUUUUGAUUUACGUUGGACAAAGCUACAGUUACGUCGGACACCAAUUCACUCGGGUCGGACAAACAAUAAACCUCAGUUUCACUUAGGUCGACAGAAUGUCCAGUGGUUUCUACGUCGGACAAUUUCACGAAUGGGUCGGACAAUGUCCGUGUCCGCCCGAUAUUUUAAGGCCAAUGUUAAGAUAACUGCAUAUUGCAGAAAUCCAACCUUGGUCGCACGGUAACUAAAGAAUCACGAUAAAAUGAUGACUGGCCUUUCUUAAUAUUUUAUUUCAGAAUUCCUGUUCUCUUUGCGACAGAUGAAUUCAAUGGUCUGUUCUGGAAAACGUCUCUUAAAAAUCCUGAAACGAAUGAUUGGUUAAAGCCACAAGACCUGAGCAUGGUCCAUCAUUUCGGAAAACUAUUCAAACAGAAUUCGUCUUUG